GGGCGUCACUCUAUUUCGGUCGGACCCGUGCAGGGACAUUCAGUCUGUGAACAAGCUUCUUCAUCAGGAGUCGCGGGAAAUUGAAAAUCGAAAUCUCGCGGGGAUGAUGUUUCUCAUAAUCUCGUGAUGAGGUCGCCCCAGAGAGCAAGUCACUGUUGAAAGUCAGCGACGACCUCAGGGUUGAUCGCUGAACUUGUUUCUAAAGUUCUCAUUCAAGGACAUGACAUCACAAAUUAUAAUGGACAUAGUGAUAAACAAUAAUAAUAAUAAUAAUAAUAAUAAUUUAAAAAUAAAUGAAAAAAACGACAGAAUCAUCGAGAAUUCGUGAAAUAUUAAUUUGAAUUAGAUUCAAAUUUUUGUUUGUUUUUCUUAAUAAGUGUUAAAAAGUUCACAAGAAAGACAGGAAUUGAGGAAAAAAAAAUGUUUUACACGGAACAAGAUGAGGAAGAAGAGGCGCUGCUUUGCAGUCCUGCUUUAAUGGCAAGAAGAGCAUCAGAAUCCUGGAUUGUUGCUCCUCCUGUUGAGGCAGUGCCAGUGCCCGCAGUGUCCCUGCAACGAAAAAAAUCCUUGCCGGAUGUGGCCCAACCGAUCCAGUUGACUGCGACCGCUCCAUUAUCUAGGGAGGAAGUCAGCAAACUGAGCAGCUUGAGGCGCGAGGAAAUUCGCAGGCAAAUCGACGAAAGCGAAAGGCUCCGGGCCAAUCCUCUGCUCUACUUAGUCAGUCCUCAGGUUAAAGACUGGUUUUCACGACAGCAGCUUGUGAUGCUGGUACUCUUUAUCAACAUAUCGCUAGCUCUGAUGUUCUUUAAAUUGUUGACGUAGCAACCCGCCAACGAUUGGAUAAAACGUCGUGUGCUGGACGUCACUUGAAAGUGACCUCAUCAGUUCGCUUCAUGAAUACCCGUGGCAGACAUGUUUAUAUACCGCUGAAAACGGCUUUUUGAAAAAUGGUCCAGCGACGGGCCAGUAGUACCUCACGCGGCGGGGUACGUGAAGAAAACGUCGAAGACAGAAAUAUUUUUUUUUUUUUCACAAUCAAGAGAAAAAUGGACAAAAAUAUUAUUCUCCACACACUAACAUAUACACACUUUGAUCCAAAUAUGUGGAAGAAUUUUUCAAACGGGACGUUUGGUCACAAAAAAAAAUGAUGAAUAGCAAUUUUAAGAAGAAAACAAAAGAAACAAAUAAAUAAGAUUCAAUUGUUUCUUUUACUACAUAUAUUUAUAAUAUAUCUAUACAAUAUAUACGUCUCCAAGAAAAGUGACAACAAAAUUGGGACAUUUCUCGAGAAAAUCAUGUUUUCGCGAACGCAAUACUUUUUUCUAGUCGACGACGAAAUGUGUAUACAAUUGCUCUUGCAAUUGUACUGUAUUUUGUACCCGCGGGGAUUUAAAAAAAAACGUAAAGCGAUAAGCACACGUCCCCCCGUGGGUUUUGCGACAUACCUACUAUUUUUACACUGAAUAUUUUAAUAAGAAUUGCAUUCUAUACUAUAAUCGAAUUCUCAGCAUUAACGAUUUCAGUCGAUCGAGGGGGCGAGUAUAGUGUUCAGAGUGAAUCAAAACAAAAAUGUAUAUCAAAACUUUUCCAAAAUAAAGAGAGAGAGAAAAAAAACGCGAUGCUUAAAACAAAUUCGCUACGUUCAGUGAUUGGUCCUUUGCUAUUUAUAUUAUAUAUUAAACUUGUAUAAAUUAAAAUAUAAAACAAAUUUUAAAAAAAUUUAUUCAAAUUCUUAAACUUGGACCAAUUACUCAUCUCGUGUGUACAUUUUCUAAUAUAUUGAAAAAAUUGUAUAAAAAAAAAAAAAAAAAAAAAAAACUAUGCAAUGUAAAAUAAUUAGACUCGUUUUUUUCAAUAUGCUAAUUGUUCAUUUCAAAAACAAUAAUUGUGAUUGAUUUGCACAGUAUAUUUUAUAUCUGUAUUGUAAAUUGUAAACUUAAAAAGUCAGCAGAUUAUACAUUAUAUUAUUAUUUACAUUUAUUCUUCUUUUCUUCCUUUCCUAUAUCAUUUAACAAUAAAAAAAAGAGAAAAAAAAACUAAUUGAGAUGAUAAUUUUAAUCGUGAAAAAAAAAUAAUAGCGCGUUAUUGACAUGAAUUGUAACAAAGAAUCAAUUGAGACGAGAAAAUUUAUUACAUUGAAAAUUGUAAGUGAUUAUUCUAGAAAUAAUUAUAUUUGAUUAACAAAUAAAUAAUAAAAACAAUAAAUAUAUAAUACAAUACUAACAAAGUUUCAUAUCUUAUCAAAUUAAAAAUCAAUGAUUUAACUCAAUUUCGCGAAAUUUUGCACAAAUGAUUAAUUUUAAAAAUAUAUAUUACCUAUAUAAAACAUAAAAACGUAUAUCGUAUAAAAUUUUUUAUAAUAUUCUGAGUGCCCAAAUUUUUUAUUCACGAUAAUCCUGCAUUAAUGAUAAUCCGACUGAUUCACUCUGUACUAUGCACCCGUUUAUAAAAUGGUGUGAUCGACUCGAACGCAAUGACAAAUGCAAUUUCGAAACUAUUUAUCUAACAAUAUAAAUUGCGUUACGUUGCAAGACUUAAUAAAAUUUGUAACGCAUUAUUUAUUCCGCGUAGAAUUUUGAACACAAAGCCGCAAGACGGCGGAAUUUACAAAUAUUAAAUAUUUAAAGGUAUAAAUAAAAUUUAUUACUCGGCUACUGUAAAGUUCAUUAUUAAUGCUCAGUGCCCAAAUAUAAAUCAAGGGAAUCACAAAAUUAUAUAUGCAAUUUCAGUGGUACUUUUUUUUCAUUGACUCGUUUUUAAUAACAAUAAUAAUAAUAAUUAUUAUACAUUUAAAAAAACAUUAAAUUUUAAAAAGUUUAUAAUUUAUACAUAUUCUUAAAAUUCGACAUUAAUAUUAUUUAUUCAAGUACAAAAAAAUAUAUCACUAUUUUUGUCUAAUGAAAAAUAAUAACAUAUUUUUAAAUUGAUAACGAAAUGUUUUCGUCAUAGUCAAGUUGAAGCGAAGAAAAAAAUUGAAACAAAAAAAAUUUAUAAAACGAGUGAAAUAAAGAAAAAAAUCACUAAAAUUUCAAUAAAAAUUUGCAAACAAAAAGAAACUUUUUGAAAAAUUUUCUUAAGAAAAUUUUGAAUGUGGAGGUGUUACGCGACGUGCAUUUACAUAAUAUAUUGCACGAAAAAAAGGCUUUCUUGAUACCUACAAUCUAUAUUUACAUCGCAUUUCUGAUUCUGUACCAGUUGAACAAAAUAAAUGGUAAUUUUCUUCAAAAAAUAAUCCACUUAUCAAUGAAGAAAUAUAUGUAACAUAUAAACAUAAAAAAAAAUCUUAUAAUAUUUGCCUAAAGUUCUGAACGUUCAAAUGAACUAAAAGUUUACUACUUUUUUAACUUCAAAUUUUAUUAAAAAAUAAUUGCCUUGUUUCCAAAAAUAAAUUAAUAUAAUAAUUUAUUAAUGUAAUUUAUUUUUUUUAUUCAUCAUUGCUGUAGUAAUUUUUAAAUAAUUUAGAGAUCAAAAAAAUUAUUUCAUUCAUUUGAACGUUCAGAACUUCUAGCAUUACUUAUAAUAUAGAGAAAUUAAGGAAAAAGCAUUACGAAAUAACUGCUGCUUAUUAAAAUAUAGUAUUGCAUGAAACGAAUUGGUCAUGCUCAUAAAAGAAAAGAAAAAACGUAGUUAACUGACAUAAAAUUGAAAAUAAUAGCCAAUAAAUCGUAUUGUAAUAAUAUAGUUAUGUUAUUCGCAAAAUUAAUGAAGCCAAAGUUAUUACAAUUUAAUUAAAGAACAAGCUAAACCAAGUUCAAUAUUAAAAUAAUUUUCUCCAAAUAAUAAAAUGUUUAAUAAAUUGAAAAAAAAAACUAUAAAAUAAGUAGAUAAAUAAUUACUAACAAUUCGAUAGUGAUUUUUGUUAAAAUAUAAUAAUUAUUAUUAACUAUAUAGAAAAUAAAUUCUUUUUACGAAUAUUUUUCUCUUUUAAAAGGAAAUCAAAUCGUAUAUUUAAUAAGAGAAAAUAAUUGGUACGGAAUCAUUAUUUGAUAAAAAAAAUAAAUAAAUAAAAAAACGUAGCUAUCGCUAGUAAAUUUUGUAUCUUAUUAAUGAAAUGGUAGCAGUCAAGAAAGACUUUGAGGACUAAAACGAUCAAGGGAACAGUUUCCAGAUAGGAAAAUGAAAAGAAUGUAUGAUAAUAUGAAUGUGAGUGUGACAAAAAAAAACAAAUAAAAGUUUAUGAGAAUGAAAGAGUGAAGUUAAUCGAUACUAAUUUUUUUCUUUCUUUUUUUUUUUGUUCAUUAAAAUCGUAAAGUACCGCGUGCCUUCUAUGACUUCCAAUCCAUGUACCGAGAAACUUUUCUACACAAAUUGCAUGUCACGCUAUAUAUACAAUAUAUAUAUAUAUGAAAAAAAAAUAUAUAUCUACGUACUCGAGUCGAGAUUAAAUUCACGACUUAAAUAUCAUAUACGGCCACUCUUAUCGGCUUUCAAUAUUGUUAAAAGAGUUUAGAUGUGCGUUUUGCGAUGAGCGUCGAAAAUAAUAAUAUUAAUAAUAAAAAAACGUAUUCUAUAGCGCAAAAAAAUAUAUAACGAUGCUAAUUCUUAAUAUAUAUAUAAUUAGUAUAUGAAUUUUUCAAAGAAGAACGAUUAGAAAUCGACAAAUAAUGACUUUUUUUUAUACAAUAUUGUAAUAUAGAAAUUUUGAAACGACUGGAACGUUUCUAGACAAAAAAAAAAAUUGGUAAUUUCAGCCUUUCGCGAGCAUAUACAGCGAAAGGCUGUAUUUGUUUUAUACGUGGGCGAAUUUAUAAUAAAAGAAAAUUAUAUAUAUAUAAAUAUCUAUAUUUUUUAAAUUCUCAACAUAAUGAGAAAAACUUGGAUUUGUUUUUAUUUACGUAUAUAGUAUACAUAAAUUAAUAAGAUAUACGUAAAUAAUUUAUAUUUAUGUAAAUUAUAUAGAAGAUUUAUUGAAAUUUGAGAUAUUUUAAUGUUUUCUCGCUUUGUUGAUUUUUUGAAGAUUUAAAAAAAAAAAAAAAAAAAAUUACGUCAAUUUGUCCAUGUAUGAAGACAAAUAAAUUAGUAUAGCGAUGAUCGUUACAAAAGUUCAUGUUCAUUUGGAUUUUGUAUAAAUUUUGGAUUAAGAGAUGUGAAAUAUUGUCUUAAUUAUAAAAGCAAAAAAUUUAUAUAGCUAGACAUAAAUUUUAUCUUUAUCAAUUUGUUUAACAUUAAUUUAACAUCAUCUGUAUUAGAUUAAUCUUUACUAUUUUGUUCUAAUAUCAAAAAACAUUUUAUUUGAAUCAAGAGAAAUUGGUUUUAAUCAAAAGAAAAAAAAAGACACAAUUCUUUUUUGUUGCAACGAAAUAAAAAUUUUUCUCAAUUCAAAAUAAUUUUCUUCGAUUCAAAUAAAAUUCCCCUGAUAUAAAAAUUAAUUUUCUCUGUUUCAAAUAAAUAUAUGCUUUCUUUAUCAAAUAAAUGUCUUUGGUUGAAAUAAAAAAAUCUUUUAUUUUAAUAUACGUCCUUUAAUUUAAAUUCAUUUUCUUUAUUUCAAGUAUAAUAUAAAUGUACUUUGAGUCAAAAAAAAAUGUUCUUUGAUUCAAGUAAAUUUUUUUUUGACACAUACAAAACAUCAAAAUUUUUCUCAAUCAGGGAAGCAAAUAAAAGAAAAGAAUUUUUUUAUUUUUUAUUUAACAUAAUAUUAUUUCUCUAGAUAUGAUUAAAAAUUACUAAUCUUUAGAUAAUUGUUAUUAACCAUGUAAUCAUUAUUAAUAUAUAUAUAUUAUUGUUUUCUUUAUCAUUAUUUUUUAUUCUUAUUUGGAAAUUAAAAAAUGAAAACGAGCAAAGUUUUUUUUAAGGCUCUUAAUCCAUUUAUACAAUAAUGCGAAAAAAAACUUUGAAGCAUCAGCGCGAAAUAAUACUGAAAUAUAUUGCUGGCGAAGCUUUUAUCACGAAGUAAGCACAGCUUUUUUUGUAAAUAAACCAAGAUUAUAAAAAUUACAUUGUACUUGGAGCAGUUUUUUCUUCUCCAACCACACGUUAAUUGGAGCAAUGCAAGACACGAGGAUGAAUUCUCAAUGAAAAAAACUAAGGUGAUUCGGACAACAUAGAGCCGGAAGUAUUUUAUGUUACAUGUGAGGUUCAAGGCUGUCGAAUCAUACUGUAUUAGGCGUGUCAGGGACGUUUCUUUAAAAUGCCAACCCACGCAAUACAAAGGCCAUGGCACACACUUUUCAUCAUCUUCUAUAACAAUGAACUUUAUUCUCUGAACAAGUUAUAAUAUUAUGUAACAAAACAAAAGGUGAAUUGGAAUAUUUUCAAAAGCUUCUCAAUAAAAUGUAUAUUUUAAUUUUAUAUUUUAUUGUCAAUAUUUUGUUGACAUUUCUAUUCUACAAUAUUAAAUAAUAUUGUUCAAUCUACGCAGUUUCCAUUUUACAAAAGUGAAAUGAUUGCUCAAUACAUAUUUAUAUUUGUAUAUAAUUUCUAUUUUAUACAAGUUAAUAAUUAUUUAAAUGAGAAUUAUUUCAAAAAAAAUGACUCGGAUAUCAUUAUUGAAAUUUGUACAUAAAUUAAACAUUUUAUAAUAUUUAUGUUGAUGUAGUUUGAAUAUUUAUAAUUUUGAAAACAAAAAUUUUAAAGGAAUUUCGAAAAAAUUUAUAAAUAAUGAAAAUUUGGAAUUGCUAUGGACUAUACCUUUUUUUAAGCUGAUUGUUAAUUUUGUGAACAUGCUUCAAAAGUGUGUACAAGGGCCUUGCAAAAAAUUUGUAGAUAUUAAUAUUCGCCGAAAAGAGUUCGACACCAUUGACAUUCAGCUGCGCGAUAAGUACAAACUCGAAAAAAAAAUGAUGUACAUGAUAUUUUGAACGUUCUCAAGAACAAAAAUUUGUAUUUUAUCUUUUGUUAAAUUUGAAAUUCACGAAAUAUAUAUAAUAAUUCACUCAUAAAAUAUAUGCUUAAUUCAUUUUUUUUAUAUUCUAUUGUAAAAAUUUUCCACUACUUUCAGUUUAAUAUAUUUCUUUAUUUUUAGAUGUAAAAUUAAUUUUAAUAAUUAUAGAAAAACACAAAUAGGUAAAUAUUGUUUUAAAAAACAAAGAACAAAUUUUCUUCAUAACGUUCAGAAUAUCAGGAACAUUAAAAAAAUGUAUAGUAUAUAAAAUUUUUUUGGAAAUGUGAUUCAAUCACAGACAUACAUCGACCUUUAUUUGAUAUACUAAAGAGGGUCGAAUAAUUAUACGCAGGAUUAGCGUAAAAAAAAUACAAUUCAGACUUGCAUUAAAAGAGAAUUAUUUGAAUUAUUUUAUUAAUCAUAGAAUGAUUUCUCUAACUGUAUUAUUAACUUUUCCACAUUUUUUAAUAAAUAAAAAAAUAAUAAUUCUUAAUAUCAUAUAAAUGGUACUAUAUUAUAACUUUCCGAAUUGCAUAGAGUGAAAUUUCACAUUUUUUCGAAAAAAUUUAGUUACUAUAUAAAUAAUAGUUAUAGAAAUAAUGAAAUCCCUCCAAAGAAGUAUUUAUAAAACCCGAAAAGUACACUUAUUUCGUACAUUAUAAAUAAUCAAAUAAGUAUUAUUAAAUAAAUAUGAAACGAAGAUAAACGAAAGAAAUCAAUAUGAUUAAUUAAAAAUAAUUUCAAUCAUAAUUGAAAUGGACAAAAAAUUGAUGCCAACAAUGAUACAAGAAAAAAAUCGAUUUUGAAAAAAGAACAAAAAAAAAAAAAAAAAAACAACUCAUUUUAAUUCAAGUCUGAGUAGCUUUAUCGAAUAGUAUCCAUAUAUUAUAAAAAAAACGUACGCACAGAAUUUAAAGAAAAGUUAAACUAAAUUGUAUUGUAAAAUAUGUUGUAGCAUUGAAAUGCUAUAUUUCCGAAAAAAAUAAAUUAUCGGAAAAGGUAAUUGAAUAUUUCAUAUUGAUAUGAGAAUAAAUGUUUAGAAGGGUCCUAUGUGAAAAUGUUUAUGAGAAAAACUAUAAAAUAGCGUUGACAUUGUUAUUCAUUUUAUCACGAGAGCCAUAUCACGCGAAUCAAAAAAAAUUUACCAAUACGUACGCAUAUGUAUAAAUAUGUAUCAUAUGUAUAUAUAUACACAUGUGUAUGCGUGUACAUAGAUUUAUAAUGAUUCAAUAAUGAAAUUGGUUUUGCUAUUUACUUGCUAUAUCGUAUAUAUAUUUUAAUUGUUAUCUCGUUAUCAUUGUAUAUUAUACUGAUUAUAAUUAUAAUAAUUAUUAUACUAUUAUCAUCAUUAUUAUUAUUCCUAUACAAUUAUUAACGUUAAAAAAAAUUAUUGUCUCUUUUGUGAUCAUACUGUCAUACAAGAGGUGUGUCAAAGGAAAAAUUGGAGAUAUGAAUGUUUUGAAAGAGUUGGGUCCACUGUCAUUGAUAUGCAAGACCAGUGAUUCAAUAAACUUGUAUCAUAAUUCACAA